CUGCAGACCCCUUGGAAUGAGAGGGGAGCCUUGACUCAGCCCUGAGCAUCAGCCUGGCUGUGGUUGAGGAUUAUAAGAGCUGUUUUGAUCAGGGGAAAAUUUCUGUUUUUAGCACAGGCAGCAAUUAAAAUAGCUCAGGAAUCUCAACGCCUCGGGGAGCUGUCAUAAAAGGAGGCAGAAAAUCCAUCUUCUGGACUCCUCUGCACCAGAGAUGAGCCUGGAGGGAGCAGAGCAGAAGAGAGCCUGAGUUUCACCUGGUGAAAAAGGACAACCAGAGACACCGAGCCGGACCCAGCGCUUGGAUCCCGGGAUGGCUGUGGAGGAUCUCCGGGCUCCCAGCACCCCUUUCUCGCUCUCCUUCUCGGGCAGUGGUUUCCUGGCCCUGUACCAGGUUGGGGUGGUGCAGUCCCUCCUGGAACUGGCUCCCGAGCUCCUCAAAUCCGCGUGCAAGGUCUAUGGAUCCUCAGCGGGGUCCCUGAUCGCCGCCGCCGUCGUGUGCGGGAUCGGGCUGGAUGACCUGAAGGAAUUUUUCUUUGCCCUGGCAGCAGAAGUCAGGAAAACCAUCCUGGGCCCCCUCUCUCCCAAGUGCAGCUUGCUGGCCAAUAUCAAGGCUGUUCUGCAGCGAAUGCUCCCAGAGGAUUCCUACCAGUUGGCUUCAGGGAGGCUGCACAUCUCACUCACACGGGUGGCAGAUGGCCAGAAUGUCAUGGCCUCGGAGUUCAGCUCCAAAGAGGAGCUCAUUCAGGCUCUCCUCUGCAGCUGCUUCCUUCCUAUUUACUGUGGAUUCAUCCCUCCAUCCUACCGAGGAGUGCGCUACGUGGACGGGGGGUUCACUGGCCUGCAGCCCGUGUCCAGCCUGGAGGAGCCCGUGAUCACCGUGUCCCCCUUCACCGGAGAGCUCGACAUCUGCCCCCGGGACUGUCCUGCCAUCUUCUUCUGCUUCCAGAUCUUCAAUGGCAGCGUCCAGAUCUCCAUAGAGAACCUCUGCAGGAUCAGCUACGCUCUCUUCCCACCCAGCACCAUGGUCUUGAACGACAUUUUCUCCCAGGGGUACCAGGACACUGCCCUUUUCCUGUACAGGAACAAUGCCUUUGGAUUCAACUACUUCGAUGGCAAUUUCCGCUUCGGGAGCACCUGUGGGAAGAACAACUCCACCCAAUCCAAGGGGACACACCCCGGCCUGUACAGGAGGGUCCCUGAGAGCCUGACUCCUUACUUCCUGCCAGGCUUGUGGAAGAAGGAGCAGAUGAAUGGACUGCAGGAUCCCCUGGCCAGGAUCCUGUUGCAGCCAUACAGGCUUCCAGCUUUAUUCAGGAAGGGGGUGAAGAAGGUGUGGGGGCUGCUGGAAGGUGUCACCUCCCUGGUACAAGGACUCCAUAAACUCCUCCAAACCUUGGUGCCUGGUUUGCCCAAGAGAGCUGUGGACAGGAGGUAACUGUCCUGGACAGGCCCUGGGGGUCUCUGAUGCCGCUGGUUCUGCUGCCUCGGGAGGGGAUGGGUGAGAGCAGAGCUCAUCUCACACACCAGCACGGCUGCUGGCUUUCUGUGGAAUAGUUUGGAGGGUGUUUUUUUUUCACUUGGGAGCUGAUCCUGCCUCCAGUGCUGCUGCCCCUGCUCAGGCCUGACCUGCUCUAACGUGACAGGCGAGGCAAAGCUCUGGUGCUGCUCCUGUGACCCAGCAGAGGCUGCAGGAGCCACUGGGCAGCUUCACCUGCAGGCACCCACAGCCCAGCACCUGCUUCCUUCCCCUCUCUCCCUCCUCAUCACCAGCAGCCUCCCAUCCCUUCUUUUGAUGCAGAUUACAGGGCAGGAAUUUGCCAUGAAAGGCCACAUUUUAAGUGUUUUCCUCCCACUCAAAAACUUCCAGAGCAGUUUCAUCUGAGCAAGGGAGAAGCCUUAGGGAGCAUCACACUGGGCAGGAACCAAUUUUUGUCCAGUUCUCUGAAGUUACUUUACCAAUUCUCUCUCCUUGAGCUUCACACACCCCCAUAGCUCUGCUUCUCCUGCCUGUGGAGGUGGGAGAACAUUUGGAUCCCCCUCAAAUUUGCAGCCGUGGACAAGAAUGGAGAAACCUGAAGAUUAACCUCCUCCUACUUCAGAGUCCUGCAGUCUGUGCAUUCCCUGACAUUUCACAGAUAAAUUAGUUCUUUUCAGGGAAUUGUCUCUAAUUUGCAGCCACCCACAGUGCAGGGCCCAGGCAAACACCCCCCGUGUUGCUGGUCUGUACAGAGAAUUAACUGGCAGCUCUCUUAACUGUCCCAAAUCCGAGCUGCACAUCAGAGACUGAUGGGUUGGCUUCAACCUGAGUCUCCCCUGUUUGAUAGUUCCCAAUGGACAACAAAUGGAUCCCAACAGCACAAGCUGUUUAUGUGAAUAAAGAGCCUGUUUAAUUGCACAAAGGGAAAUGGAACAGAGGGAAGUUUCAUCCAAAGGGCCCUGGGGACUGCAGGCAUGAAUGUGGGGAGCAGCUGAAGGCUGCUUUGAUGUAAACAGAUCCAAAGUUAGCUCUGAAUGCUCUGUGAAAGAUUAAUACACCAAGUUCUGCUAUCUUUGGUUGAAAUCAGGGACUUGGGAAUAUUUUCUCUGGAAUGAGCUUGCAAAAAGAAACCUGGAUGCUUAUUUCAUAGAAUCAUGGAAUGGUUUGGGUGGGAAAGGUCCUGGGCUUCCUAGCAAGCACCUCCAGGCAGGAUAUUCCCACUUCAGUUAGACUCAAGCAGUUACACUUCAAAUGGGAAUUAAAAUCCCCCAAAGAAAAUUUUCUUUUUUUUUUUUUUUGGACACCCAAAUCCACUAAAUGUGUCUGCAAAUCUCAGCCACAAACAGGAGCACAGUUUGAACUACCCUGUGUGUCCCACCUGCCCCUAUGAUGCUUAGUCAUAAAAGCUCAGUAAAACUUCGAGAACUUCAACAAAAAAAACAACCCACAAGGAACACCCAAACCAAAACAGUCCCACAAAAAGCCCUCCUGCUCCAAACCUGCAGAGAUUUGCUAAGAGAGAAAUAUUUAACAACUCAAUAUUCAAAUCAGCUGGUUUUUGCUUUAUUAAUCCCUCACCUUUUCAAGGAAGCACAGCUGGUGCUGCCUCCUCUGCACGAGCUUGGAGCUAAGGGCAGCAGGAGGCUCUGCCAGAGGCAAUGGAUAAAUCUUGGCAUCAGUUGGAAUCACCUUGUGCAGGACAUUGUUUCACCCCAAGGAAGCAGACUGGAAACCCAGCUGCACCCAUCAGGAUAGAUCACUCUGGAAUGCCUCCUUUGAGGUGGGUCACGGGAAGCACCAGGGUCUGGGGCAGGGAUAGAAGGGGCUGUUGGUCCUGCCUGUGCUGCUGAUGUCACUGUCACUGUCACUGUCACAUCCUUGUGCUCCUCAGUGCAGGUCAGGCUCUGCCUUCAGGCUGGGCUGCAAGUUCCUCAUUCUCUCUUUGAAAGAUAAACUGGAGCUAAAGGCAGCAGCAGGGCCAAAAAUGCUCUUCUGUGGCUGGCCUGGCCCUAAAGGGAGGAAAACCACAUUAUUCUGUCUGACAGACACUUCUGGCAGUUCCUGUGAGACAAACUGGAUUCAAGUACCUGAGCAGAGCUGUUCCCUCCCUCCUGCUGUCCAAAGGGCAACAGGAUAAGCAGGUUUUGAUAUCCCUCAAAUAUUGCCCUCCCACCACUGUGCUGUUGUUUGCCCCCUUGAACUCAGCAGAAAUGUGAAGCCUCGGGUGGAUGGGAUGAGAGUUUGGAGGCAUCCCAAGGCAGCAGGAGCUCCUCCAGCUCUAGGGAGGGAAGAAUCCCAGAAUCUGAUCCAAGCAAUGGAGCCAAACAAAACCAAGCCUGUGCUCAGUCCUGCCUGUGGCCCUGGCUGUUGGCUGCAGGUGCUUUGUGCCAGACUCUGCUUCUAGUGCAAGGACUAAGGAGGGUGCAACUCCCUGUGCAAUUGUCCUGCUGGGCAUGUGGAUAGAGAGGCAAAUCCUUGUGGAUUGUGUCCUUUGGAAACAGGACUUACUCAAGAAAAGUUGUUCACAAGUUUAUCCCCCUGCUGAUUUGGCAACAUCAAUGAUAUUGCACAGACAAACAAUAAAACAGCCUUUUCCUGGCCUAGAUCAUCAGGGCUUUUCCUUCAUGGAUAUGGAAAACCUCCUGUGUUUCUCCUCUGGAGACUGAGAGCCCAGACUCAUCUCUUGGUUGCUCCCUGGCCUAACAAAGGAGUUUUGAUUCCUCCCACAGGUAAACUGAUUUCAGUGAAAAAUGUUGCAGCCCAGCUGCAAACCAGAGACAGAGACUCCUGAUAGCCCAGGAGUCCAAAGAGGCCUCAUUCCUACUGUGUUGCUUCCAAAAGCUCCACGUAGCUCAGACUGAUGGAGCCUUUAAAAAUGCAACCAUGGAAGCAACAGCCUCAUACUGUGUCCUGCACUUCUUAGUGGGCCAAGAGCUGGUUUGUUUUCCAUGGAAAGAUCUUCCUUGCUUUUAUUUUAUGCUUUUCAAGCUUUUGCUUUUAGAGCUGGAAGGGUAACAGUCCUGUUCUUUCCUCUUCAUAUUCCUCGUUUGGUGUGGUCCUCCUAGAACAAUAUUCAGGUCUUUUUUUUUUUUUUUACUUUUUAUUUAUGUGGCAACAUUUUAAAUAAUCAGCAUGUUGAAAAAGCUGUGACAAUUCACCUAAGCUGACAAAUUCUGAAAUGUUGAAAGACUCAAAAAGAAAAAGGAAAUAAAAAAAUUGUA